GGGAGAGGGGUGUAACUAUGUUUAUUAAAUAGGGACAAUACUCUAUGAAAGUGACUAGGAACUAGCCUUGUAGUUUUUGAACUUGUGUAAGGUUUUUGAACAAUCUUCAAUGGGCAAAAACGUCUUCAGCCAAGUACUUCAUAAAAGGCAUCUGGCAGAAGUAAAUUAAGCCACAAACACACAUGUCAUUUUAUAUACACUGAGUGGACAAAACAUUAGGAACACCUGCUCUUUCCAUGACCUAGACUGACCAGGUGAAUCCAGGUGAAAACUAUGAUCCCUUAUUGAUGUCACUAGUUAAAUCCACUUCAAUCAGUAUAGAUGAAGUGGAGGAGACAGUUUAAAAUAUGAUUUUUAAGCCUUGAGACAACAGACACAUGGAUUUUGUAUGUGUGCUAUUCAGAGGGUGAAUGGGCAAGACAAAAUAUUUAGGUGGCUAUGAACAGGGUAUGGUAGUAGGUGCCAGGCAAACUAGUUUGAGUGUCACAAACUGGAUUUUUUGCGCUGAACAGUUUCCCAUGUGUAUCAAGGAUGGUCCACCACACAAAGGACAUCCAGCCAACUUGAGACAACUUUGAGAAGCAUUGGAGUCAACAUGGGCCAGCAUCCCUGUGGUACGCUUUCGAAACCUUGUAAGGUCCACGCCAUGACGAAUUGAGGCUGUUCUGAGGGCAAAAGGGGUGCAACUCAAUAUUAGGAAGGUGUUCCUAAUGUUUUGUACACUCAGUGUAUAUCUUAAAUGACCAUGUUUUCACAGAUUUCAUGAUAUAAUCGUCAAGACCAUUCAAAAGAUUAGGGGACAUGACCAGGAAGUAAAAGGUUACUGGACCCCAGGAAGGUUACUGAGAGAGUAGCUGUUGCCUUGGCAGUAGCUAUUGAGAAUCCUUAAUAAAUACAAAUGCACUUCUUAUUAUAUCAUGAAAAUGUUCACUAUCACACCUCCCUUUGUGUCACAUGGUUACUUUUCCAGUACAGUAACCUCGUUUUAUAUGCAAGAUAAAAGUGUAAACAAAUGCAGAAUGCUCCAAGGACAAAAGAAGCGAGAUAGAGAUAACGUUAGAACUUGAUGCAUGACAAAGACGCAAUGCUAAGGUUUGUCCACAAGAUGGCGCUAGAUAUAAGACAAUAUGCAGAACUCUUGGAACCGCCUGCUGUGGCACUGCACACCCGGGUUGACAGCCUCACAGCUGGUGGACAAGAUCACUUUGGCCGCGCUGUCGUAAAUGUUCCAAUAUCUCCACAUCAUACUGAACGCUGACUAAGCUUUGUUGAGGCUAAAAUUACAGAAAUAAAUAAAGGAGCAUUUGUAAUUUGUACAGUGACAAGUACACCGAAAAUAUUUACUGACAUUUACAUGACACCUAUACUGACUGUUAUGUUAUGAUAUGUUGCUACUAUUGUCUAUAAUAUGACACAUAUUAUAGAAAAACAAAAAACCUUAUUUGGAGAGAGAGAGGUGGAGUAGCUUCCUGCAUCAUUGAUUCAUUUUCGGAGAAAUCGUCAAACACAGACGAAGUUAAUCCCUGAAUGGUUCAUGCCCGAUUCUCCGUGGCAGGGAGCCAAGAGGUUUUCCAUGUAUGGCUCACGUCAUUCUCCCACCCUUUAAGCCACUUUCGUGUGUGCCCUCCUAUAUGAGGACACACAACGACAUAGGACACAGAGCCAGAAAGAAAAUCACUCACACACACAUACACGCACACCACCUUUCAUCAGUUAAUGCAACAGAGGUCAGGAAUUGGCACUUUCCUUGAGAGGGCCUGCCAGAACACUUUUUUAAUAUUGGCAGACUUGAUAUAACACUUGUUAUAUAGUCAUCAGACUUGAUAUAACACUUGUUAUAAAAUCAUCAGACAUGAUAUAACACUUGUUAUAAAGUCAUCAGACAUGAAAUAAUACUUGUUAUGAAGUCAUGACAACAUUGCAAUGUAAUGAUACUGUAAUAACGCAUGGAACAGAAAAUAGAACUUUCACCCACCACAUUCACCUAAAGUCACAGUAUUUCAUCAUGAGGUCAGUGUGUGUUCUGUUUGGUCUGUCUGUUGUGUUGUCUCGGCCUUGUCAAUAUGUGCUUAUUUUCAACCAUUAUCUGCGCUGUGCACUAGGAUUCGUCUAGGGGGAAUUAACACAUUUUGCAUAUAACCUUUAGCCAUCAGGUGUCCAUUGACACUUCAAGCUAAUGUAAAGGCGCCUAAAUAAGUAUUUACUUGAAUAUUGCAAUAUAUAUAUAUAUAUAUUUGAGCAAUAUAAAACUGCUGAAUAAGAAAUUAAUUCAUAAACCACUGGAAUUAGAAUGGUAUAAUGGGGAUAGAUAGUAGCGGUCCAAAUUGGCUCUCUAGCCCUUUCCGACGGACCUCGGUACCGUAUACAUUUCAAAUUGAAGAAAGACUCAUUGGAUUGAUCGCGCGCGUGGACGAACACGGCACACCGUUAUUUUGGAGACGCGCACUCACUCUCUCUCUCUCUUUGUUGUUGUUCUCUUAUACACGCACCAUGCACGUACUCUCUCUCGCACUCUCACACUCUCUCUCUGUCUCGUUCCUCUCCCUCCUGGCUCUCUCUCAAUUCUCUCUCUCCUUUUCUGUUCCCCGGGGGAAUUCUUCAUCUAAACCUCAAUCACGUAUGAUUGCGUAGAGAGAGAACCGUGAGCCCAUUCACUCAUGCCUGUCGGCGAGAGGAGAGAACCCGCUAACCAUCCAUAGGGAAGGAAAUAAUCCAUUACACCAAUCGUGUUGUAUGCAAGGAAACCGGCGUUUUGGAAGAUUUUUAUAGUCUACAUACGAACAAUAAUAACGAAACGCAAAUGUUUUUCUCUCAUUGUAAAGCCAAAUCACUAUGUUGCUGCUGCAUUCUCACAGAUAAUUAUCUUUCCCCGACCGCCCUCGGAGGGUCUGCUGGUAGAAGGGCUGGUACAGAUGGCACAGAUGCCCGUAGUCCCGGAGAGUGAGUGGGGAAGCCAAAUGGACCGCCGCCUACCCUUUGCCCCCUCUCGAUUCGGUUUUGUCUUCGGCUUAAGACAUUGAAAAGUUAUGAGACGUUGCAUUCACCCAGCUGUUGAUGAAAUAGUGUACAGUGAAGUUUAAGGUGUCUCGAAUGCAUUAUGGUGCUGGAUAUUUUGACACUCACAGACUUUCCGUGCAAAUGAGGAUUAUACCGAGGGGGACACUGGAAUACCCGAGACUCAAUUUUGCGCAGGCACGCUCCGACAACACACAAACUUAUUUACCACAGUUGCAUUUUUUGUUGUUGAAUAGCCUAGAUUAUGCGUAAAUUGGUGGCAUUUUAUACUUUCCCUGCACUGAAUUUGUGUAUUUUCUAAGGGGUCAUAAUGAGAUUUUGCUAAAUCCGCGUGGACCGUAUUUAUUUAUUUUUUUAAAUUCACGGUUCUUUUUGCUCCAAACUACCACAAAACCACUCGAUCUCUGUCCAACGACUCUUGGCUCGGUUCGGUUCGGCUCGCCCGCGAGGGAGAUGGCCGCUAUCGCCAGCUCCUUGAUCCGUCAGAAACGCCAGGCGAGGGAAUCAAACAGCGACCGAGUCUCCACUACUAAACGCCGUCCCAGCCCCAGCAAAGAUCCUCGUUCCAUAUACGAGCGCCAUUUCUUGGGGGUCUUCAGCAAAGUCCGUUUCUGCAGCGGCAAGAAAAGACCAGCCGCUCGGCGGCGACCAGAUGCAUCCUCCAAACCUCCACAGGUGUCCCGUAAGGGCGGCAGGCUAGAGCCGCAGCUGAAAGGCAUCGUGACACGACUGUUCAGCCAGCAGGGCUUCUACCUGCAGAUGCAGCCGGACGGCUCUAUCGAUGGCAGCAAGGACGAGAACAGCGACUACACCCUGUUUAAUCUUAUUCCUGUGGGUCUGAGGGUGGUGGCCAUCCAAGGGGUGAAGGCCGGCCUCUACAUCGGCAUGAACGGAGAGGGAUUCCUCUACAGCUCAGAAAUGUUCACGCCGGAGUGCAAGUUUAAGGAGUCGGUGUUUGAGAAUUACUACGUGAUCUACUCGUCCACUGUGUACCGGCAGCAGGAGUCCGGUCGGGCCUGGUUCCUGGGCCUUACCAAGGAAGGCCAGGUCAUGAAGGGGAACAGGGUCAAGAAGACCAAGCCCUCAUCACACUUUGUCCCCAGGCCCAUUGAAGUGUGUAUGUACAGGGAGCCGUCGCUGCAUGAGAUCGAGGAGAAACAGCGCUCCAGGAAGAACUCAGGGACUCCCACCAUGAACGGAGGGAAAGCUGUCAACCAGAAUUCCUAGCAGCAGGGCCCCAAGGGUGGGGGGCCACUAGGGGGCCCGGUCCCCCCUCUCUUAAACAGAGGGGGGAGGGGCCACAAACCCCCUUCACCACCAUGCCCUCUGAAGGGAUGGACCGCCACGAGGGGGAGAAGCUACACCCAAGACCACAAAAAAACUCUUGCCUGUGAAAAUCUUUUAGACAAAUAUCAAGACAAACCCAGAGGAAAACAAAAAGCGACUACAAACAUUUUCAAUCAGGACUUGACCUACGUUUUAUGCAAAAAAAACAAGAAAAAAAGCUGUGACAAGACAAAGAAAUGGUGGUCUCUUCACAAUACAAAUAUCUAUCGUUUUCAUUUUAUGCUGUGAAAAAUUUGCUUUAAACACAUGUUUGAUUUCCCAUGCGUUUUUAUGAAUGCUAUGACACCUUCACAAGUGUUAUUGUCCAAUAAUAAUAAUAUGAUGUAUGUGUUGACUAACUCAUCAUCUCAAUUUUAGUAUCAUUGUUAUUCUGUUUUUCGUUUGAGACUGUAUAAGUUAGAAAAAUGGUUUUUUUUUUCAUAUUGCGUGACAGUGAAUGCCCUUUCACACUGCAUACACUGGUGUGAGGGUUAACAUGUAAUGUAUAUGAGAGCUCGUUGUUGGGCUCGGAGGGGACAGGUAUGGCUGGGUGGGAUGGGUUUUGCUCAGGUGAUGUCCUUUCGGUGAGGAAUACGUUGGGUGGAUCUCAAUACUCUAAUUUGGAGUCUCCUCACACUCUUCGGUAUUACAGGACUAGACAACUAAAAGCAAUAUGGAGGGGCUACUCCACCAAGCCUCACAGCAGGCAUCUACCAUAUUAUGGUGCGUUGGAGUGCUAUCGGAAAUGUGGAAAUACAAGUUCCCGACUCGGAAAUAACCACUUGAACGACCCUCAAAGUCUGAGUCACAAGUGGGAAACAUGGUCCAGAGUUGUGACGUUUCAUCACUGGCUCUUCACCUGUUCAACCACUAGACGGUAGAAGAAAACAAUUUACAACCUUAACCAUGUGAUUAACGUAGCUUAGUGGAUCCGUACAGUAUAUAUUUUGACACAUUGUCAACGUGGGCAACUUUAGCUAGAUUAGCCAUCUAGCUAGAAUCUCAUUGGUUGAAGAGUUAUUCCGACUUCAUUAGUACACGAGCACACUCAUGCCAUAAUUUACAACUCCGCCAACUGGGAAAUACAGAGAUUCCGAGGACCACUCGAACGCACCAUUACUCUCAACAAUCCCGCCCUGUCAACUCCAUGGUCAGGAGGGAAAAGAAACAGGAAAGGAUAGCCUUGUAAUAGCAUCAAUACUCUGGCAAUGUGUUUAUAGGCAGGAGGGGAAAAGGUAGAUAGAACUUCUGGUUGUUUUCGUUAGGUGAGCAGCACUACUAAGGGGAUUUGUCUCUAAUGUGAACUGGCUUGGCCAAUCCUAUGGGAGGAAAUGUCAUAUUCUCUCCAGAAAACAGAGGGAAACUUGGCUAGCAUCCGCCAAUCAAGGAUUAUUUUAUGAAUACGUGGAACUGGUGUAUUUCACCUCUGCAUGCGCCUUGACAAAGACUUUGUUCAAAGUGAUCAGAGAAUGCUUUUAGUCGGUAACAAAGAAAUCAUGGACAUGUCCUUAGGGAGGCAAGUUGUGGCUUGUUUAAGGGCAAGACAUAGACAUAGUACUGUAUGCAUCAGAGAAGGUUGGAUUGCCGGCAGGUCUUGCAGAUCAGACAAGUAUUCGUCCCAAUACUCUUAAGAAGCUUCAUCUCCUUGUGUCCUGUUGAUGGGGUGUGGCGUAUUCAUUUCAUAAAAGUAGUCUCUUUAUAUCUUUAUAUAUACGAGGUAAAGGAAAAAAAAAUGAAGGAAGUCUUUUAAGAGAAUUUUGGACAAAGCCCCUGGGAAACCCUCCUCUUUCAUUGUUAACAUUUCACCUACGAUACUGUACUCAAGAAUAGCCUACCACAAUGCAACAGGAUGGAGCCCAGCCAUACAAAACACAGGAAAACAAAACAUUUGGACGCCAGAAGGUGCGUUUGCCCUGAGAGUCUGUAAAUAUGUCACUGUUUUGUACUUCCAGGCUGGCAUCCCAAUGGCUUCCAUCGCAGUAGGUUUGGUGAGCCAUUAAAUGAGCCAUUUGCUGCAUUGUGGAAAUGAGACCCUGUCAUUUCAUAAAUCAAAUGUAGGAGAAUGGUUGUAUAUACAAAGGAGAAACAUGAACGUCAAACCAGUUGUUAAGGAAGGGAAGACCCCCCCCCCCUCCCUCAUCACCAAUAUAGACAAAUCACCCGUGGAGGAGCAAUCCACAGAUCCUAUCGUUCGUCUAACUCAGGAAGUCCCACUCCAGUCCAAUGAACGGAGUCCGACAACAAGGCGGGCCACCCUUGCCAAGCGCCCAAUGCACAAAACCUGGCCAAAGGUGUGGUCUUGGGGCGGUUGGGUCGGGGGUGUUGGUGGCAAAGUGGGGGGUCUGGGGGCGGGGGGGGGGGGGGGUCAGGCCAGGACAUGAGUUAAGGGAUGUCAGGGUGUCAUGUCAGACACGUCCACUUCUAACUGUGGCAGGAAGACCAGCACAGGGUAUCGCUCUGUGUCGGAGAACUGAAAAAUUACUAUUCACAAGUCUUCCACUGGGGUCUGGAGAGAGGGGGCAUAGAUCUGCAGUAGCUGCUUCACUAUAGGUAGUCCACAAGCACAGAUCUAGGAUCAGCUUACUCUCCUUUAGUUCUAACUUUAACCAUUAGGUCAGCGUUUCCCAAACUCGGUCCUCGGUGAACCAAAGGGGUGCACGUUUUGUUUUUUUGUCUCUAGCACUACACAGCUGAUUCAAAUAAUAAACUAAUCAUCAAGCUUUGAUCAUUUGAAUCCGCUGUGUAGUGUCAGGGGUAAUAAACAAAACGUGCACCCAGUGGGGGCCACAGGACCGAGUUUGGGAAACACUACAUGAAGUGGUGGAUAUAUCCUAACCUUAACCAUGAAGUGGUGGAUAUAUCCUAACCUUAACCAUGAAGUGGUGGAUAUAUCCUAACCUUAACCAUGAAGUGGUGGAUAUAUCCUAACCUUAACCAUGAAGUGGUGGAUAUAUCCUAACCUUAACCAUGAAGUGGUGGAUAUAUCCUAACCUUAACCAUGAAGUGGUGGAUAUAUCCUAACCUUAACCAUGAAGUGGUGGAUAUAUCCUAACCUUAACCAUGAAGUGGUGGAUAUAUCCUAACCUUAACCAUGAAGUGGUGGAUAUAUCCUAACCUUAACCAUGAAGUGGUGGAUAUAUCCUAACCUUAACCAUGAAGUGGUGGAUAUAUCCUAACCUUAACCAUGAAGUGGUGGAUAUAUCCUAACCUUAACCAUGAAGUGGUGGAUAUAUCCUAACCUUAACCAUGAAGUGGUGGAUAUAUCCUAACCUUAACCAUGAAGUGGUGGAUAUAUCCUAACUGCUACCAUGAAGUGGUGAGGACGCAAAACGGACCUUAAAUCAGCAUGUACCUGCAACUUCAUACUACUGGGGGGGGGGGGGGG